GCGCCGCGGGAAACCUGACGGGCCGCAUGGCUGCGGGUUGUUCAGAGGCUCCGCCGCCGAAGGCGGCCUCUGAGGGCCCGGUGGUGGGACCGGCCGGCGUCCUGCCCUGCCUAGAGCUGCCAACCUACGCUGCCGCGUGUGCGCUGGUGAACAGCCGCUACUCGUGUUUGGUGGCUGGGCCCCACCGCAGACACAUCGCACUCUCGCCGCGCUACCUUAACAGGAAGCGCACCGGUAUCCGGGAACAGCUCGACGCGGAACUCCUGCGCUAUUCCGAGAGCCUUUUAGGUGUCCCCAUUGCAUAUGACAACAUCAAAGUGGUGGGUGAGCUGGGAGAUAUUUAUGAUGAUCAAGGACACAUUCAUCUUAACAUUGAAGCCGAUUUUGUUAUUUUCUGCCCUGAACCCGGGCAGAAGCUUAUGGGUACAGUUAAUAAGGUGUCUUCUAGCCACAUUGGCUGUUUAGUACACGGGUGUUUCAAUGCAUCCAUCCCUAAACCCGAGCAGAUGCCGGCUGAGCAGUGGCAGAUCCUGGAGGUAAACGUGGGUGAUGAACUAGAAUUUGAAGUAUUUCGUCUGGACUCCGAUGCUGCUGGAGUAUUCUGCAUUCGGGGAAAAUUAAAUAUCAGUAGUUUACAAGCCAAGUGCUCUACAGUUUCUGAAGAGGUAACAGACACCGGCACUGAAGAAAUUGUAGAAAAGCCUCUGAAGAAGAAAAAGAAAAAGAAGAAAGACGCAGAGCCCUGUGAAGUGGAGGCGGGCAGCAGAGAGCUGGCAGAUCUCGCAGACGGCCCUGUGAGGGAGGAGACAGACCAGGUUACUAAUGAGAAUGGCCUCCAGAAGGAAGAGCCGAAGAAGAAGAAGAAGAGAAGGCACCAGGAAGAUCAGGACCAGGAUCCUGUUUUCCAAGGUAGUGACUCCAGUGGUUACCAGAGUGACCAUAAAAAGAAAAAAAAGAAAAGAAAACACAGUGAGGAAGCCGAAUUUACCCCACUUUUGGAACACACAUCUAAAAAGAAAAGGAAAAAGUAAUUUCUUUAGUGCAUUUUCAAUACUUUGAUUUACAUGCAGUCCAUGAACAGAUCUGGGAAUGAUGUGUAUUCCCAUAGUCUGCAAGACAGGAAACAUGUUCUCAGUAGGAGGUUUUGGUGCUAAAGUGAUGAACACAAAAUAGCCGUAUUAUUAAACUGCCAUUUUACGGUGUACAGAAUAGGAGGACAAGAGCUGCUCUCUCCAGUCUUGCUACAUAAAAUCACUGCUGUCAUAUGAAGACUGGCCACAGCUUUGUAAUACAGUGUUACUCGUAUCCUUGCUGUAUUUUUUUUUUUUUAGUAGGUUUGACCUUGAGUCAUAAUCACAGCUACUAUGCUAUUUCACUUCAAAAUGCCAAAGGAGCUUUAAUGUCCAGAGCUCAUCAGAACCAUGCCCCCAUUGAUGGUGGUAGGAAAUAUUGUUCAUUAUUCUUCACUUCUGGAUGCGUGUUAAUUUCUUUUUUAUGUAAGAGGUUGAUGUAGAGGGCUGCUCUCUUGUACUUAUUUAUGCCUCAGCUGUAAAUGCCAUUCUUACUAGUAGGAAAUUUCUAACUAAAGAAUAAUUUUUAGUACCUUAACCCAAUUACUACACAGAAAAAAUUCCACUGAGAAAUGUGGACUGUGUCUUAGCGACUGGAAAACACUGAGUGAUGAAAUGACAAGCUGGUUCAGGCUGAUACUGUUAAAACAUUCUACUAAGGCAGACCUACGGUGACAGACAAGGAGGUAGAUGUAGUUCCUUCUCUUAUGUAGGGUCAUAGGAGAGACAGAUGCAUACAGUAUACAUAAGUACAGAAAAUUAGUAAUUCUGAUAAGUGCCAAAAACAAGACUACUGAAUGUUAAUUGUGUUAAUAUCUGUAAAUGGAUUAAUGGUUGAAAUAAUUUUAUUGCUACUUACCUAGUAUCAGAUGUAGUACUGGUCUCACACUGUUUAGUUUUAUUAAUAUAUAAAUUCUGCUAUAUAUAAAUUCUGCUAAAAGUAUAUCUUGAUCCAAAUCUAUAAUAAUAGACUACAGAGUUUGGAGAGUACCCUAUAUUCACAUGCUUGUUCUCAAAUUAAGAAGACCAGACAAUGGAAGAAUACAGGCCAAUUUCUUUUCCUACAAUAUACUGAGCUCUUAAAAUAUGGCUAAUGCAAAUUGACUUGCUAUCAAUUUAUACAAAUACAAGUUUCUGAAGAUGUACAAAGAAUGUAAAUUAUCUCAAUUUUUGUAUUGGUGAAAUUCUAUUUUUGGUAUAGUGUGUUAAAUAAAUGUUAUAUCCAGCCUUUUUCAUAUUCUGGCUAAAACAUUAAAAAUUGUAGGUGAAG